AUGAGUGAAUCGUUAAAUUUUAACCUAAAGUUAUAUAGAGAAAGAUUGGCAGAUAAAUACUCAAAAUCUCCUGUAGAAACAAGAUUUGAUUCAUCAAUUAAUGGUGUUGAAAGUCAAAGGAAAGCUUCAAUUAAAAAGGAUAAAACCAAGUAUUUAUAAAUUGAAUUAUUAGUACUCCUUCAUUGAAUAAUUUAGUAAAUAAAUUGUAGGAAUACAGUAAUAAGAAAUCAAAAUAAAAUGAUUCUUUUUUAUUUAAGUCAGGUAAAAGUAAUCAAAAUUCUUCUCCAAGUAAAAUCAAUGGAUUACAUUAAAAGUAAAUAUCAAAUAAGUUACAUUUAGAAUAUAAUCAAUAUCUUCAUUAUCACCUCCACCUUCAUAAAAUAACUUAUAAUUUCCAGUCAAGGGUCAUUAAUAUUCAAUAACUUAAUUUAGUGGAAUAGUUUCACCUUAGAAAUAAAGUUUCAUAAGUCCAACUCAUUUUUCCUAAAUUACAGAUAGAUAUGAACCAUAAGAAUCUAGUACUGAUAUUUCAAGUCUUAUUCCUUUACAUGAGAUAGUGAAUAUGCGUACCAAAUUAGAAAAUGCAAAUAUUAAUGUAGCCAAUAUUACACCAACAUACUUAACAGAAUUUAUUAAGUUAGCCAAUACUAUUCAUUCACAAUUAAAAGUGAAUAAAAAACAAGGGUGA